AUGUACGAACUCUUUCUUUCCACCUUCAUCGCCGAUGAGGACAUCAAACCCACCUGCUCGAUCCUGAGCGGCCUCUGCGCCAUGCCUCCCUGGGAAAGCCUCCAGCGCGUCCUCUUCUUCAAGGGCCCGGCUCGUCCCAACGGCUUAUCCAACCAAUCCUCCUUUGUGAGGACCACCCGCAAGGACGUUCCCGCCCUGUGGAAGGAGCUGCACCAGCAACUGAGCCGCCAAUCCUACAUCCUCCAAGCUCGCUAUGAGGUCUUCAAGGACAAGGACUUCGGCACCGACACCCCGGCCAACUUUGAUUCCCGGCCGGGCGUCCUGCACUGGACCGAUUUCCCCGAACCUCCCCAGAAGGGAUCCUUUGUGACCCAGCGCAAGAAGACGGAGAUCUGGGACCAGCAGAACCUGCUCUCCAUCAUGCGAGACAAUAAUUAUCUGUUAAAGUGCGAAGCCAUCGAGGAAACGUACCAGUUCUUCCGCGACGACGUCGAGUUCUGUCUCUUCCGUCACUACCUGCUCCCCCCCUCGGGCGACGGCAAACCCCUGGCUGUCCUCGGCGACUGGGAGACCACCUUCAGUCCCACCGACCCGGGCAAGCGUUGGCUCUUCAUGGUUAAGGUCCACGUCCUCCAGGACAACCAACCCGAUGAGGUGCGGAAGGCGCAUGAGAAGCUUACCAACAUCCGCAGGGAGCUCGAGGGCGUCUUCGAGUUCAAGGUCUUUGACCGUCGCAUCCACGAUACCCGGGUCGCCGUGGAGAUGAGGAGCGGGCCCGCUCCGCUGCCCCAGGUGAUUACGGUCGGCAAUUGA